AAAUGGAGGACAAACAAUUUGUAAUAUUUUGAGUCAUCAUAUUUUUAGAGUUUGGAGACAGCAAAGAAAUUCUAGACUUUUUUUGCCCAUAUGGAAUAAUAUUGUUAGUAAUUUUUGAAAGGAUAACCUGUGGUCGAAAUUCAAAAUGACAAAUCCGAGAAGAAAAAGGAGCGAGAUCCUAAUGCUCCCAAGAGGCCUCUUACUGCUUUCUUCUUAUUUAGCCAGAAAUAUCGUGAAAAGGUUUUGGAAAGAAAUCCAGGUAUUGAUUAGAUUGAUUAUUAAUUAGAAGUCAAAUUGACUCAGAUUUCACAAAUGGCUGGAUAAAAGUGGCAUUCCAUGAGUGAGUAAGAGAAACAAGUAAAUAUUCUUAUGAUUAUUUAGCCAUAUGUUGAUUAAUAUAAUUAAGCAAAGAGCAAAUAUGAAGACGAUAUAAGAGAGUAUAAUGAGAAACAUGGUAUUACAACUAAUGACAAAAAGAAAAAGAAGUCUGAAAAGGUAACUCAAAUAAUAGGUUUUAGUUUGAUGACAAAUCUGUGAAAUCAGGAUAAGAUUACCAUUUCGAUGAUAUCGAUUCCGAAUCAAUACAACCAGCUGCAAAACAUCAACAAUAACUCAAAUAAUAAUAGGAAAAUAAGAAAGCAAAUCAAAAUUCUGAUGAUGAGCAAAUAUAACAAACCACGCAAACUAAGUCAUAAAAAGCUAAAUCUGCUAAACCCAAAAGUAAGUAAGAAGUGGAAGAUGAUAAAUAAAGCAAAAUUAUCUAAGUAACAAAUAACGACAAAUCACAAAAGAAAUAAACAAAGAAAUGAAUUAUAAACACAAUUAGCAUUACGAUAUAU